AUGUACGAGAAACCUUCAAGAGAAAUGGAAGCAUUAUGUAGUGAUACGGACUGUAUUUAUUCCAAGCUAAAAGCAAUCGAAUUUGAGAAGACAAGAUACAAGUGUGGAUUUCCUCCGAUUCAAGCUCCAAUUCAACGAUGCACGAUUCUACCAGCACGUGUCAAAAAAGAAACAUCCUUGGAGCUCGUACCUCGUUUAAUCCCAGACUGUGAGUAUCGUUCUUCACUCAGUGAUGGUGCUGGAAGCUUUGCGUCUCAUUUUGUGAGUAUGAGCUUCGCCCUCAUUCCUCACUUGUCUUCUGCCUUGAUAAACCAAUUACUAGGAAAGCAUAGUAUAACGGAUUUCAAACUGUGA